CGCAUCAUCCGCCAGCCAUCUUCACCGCCUUUUUGGCUAUAAAGGCCAAAGCCGCUAGCUCAAGAAAAUCUCUCCGUUCCCCGUGUAAAGCGAGGCUUAUUAUUAAUAAAGUCAAGAUGCCUGUGUUGCAAGCAACUAGUAUUGCCGCAUCACCUUUGUUGAUACCAGCAAUAACAGGGAACUGGUGUAAAGAGCAAGUUAAGCUCUCUGAAUGUUGUCCAGCAAGGGUUUCCAUGCAAUUUCAAGCAGCCAUUGCUCCAGCUGGCAUUGGCUUGCAGUUAAAACCUAUUAGUAAACGAAGAAUACAGUCUGCUGUAGUAUACGCUUCUGCUUCAGGGCAAACUCAAACCGUUACCAAGCAGGCACCAACGAUAACAGUCACCAAUGCUCCUGCAUCACCGAAACUGGAUGAUGGUGGGACUGGAUUUCCACCCCGGGAUGAUGAUGGUGGUGGGGGUGGUGGAGGUGGUGGUGGAGGCAACUUUUCGGGUGGAUUCUUUCUCUUUGGCUUUCUAGCGUUUUUAGGGUUUUUAAAGGAUAAAGAGUGCGAGGAGAACAACAGGAACAACCGCAGGAGAUGAGAAAAUUAUCAUAAAUAUUUUAAACUUGAAUUCCAGGCUACAAAUUUAGUUUAUGGUGUUGUACUCUUUGAUGACAAUGACAAUUACAUCGACUACCAUAAAAGGUUCUCCUUGUAGUUGACUUGUCUACUAAUGGUUUUUCAAUAGAAAUUGAGCUGGUGUUCAUGGUA